CGCUGACGCCGGAGAAUGGCGGCGGCGGCGGCGGCCGUGGCCGCGACCGGGAAACGGUCCGCUGAGCCACGGAGACGCCGAAGAGCCAGCCGCCCGCUCGAGGUGUAGACAGGGCACUGCCUGAGGAGCAGGUCCUGCCACCCUCACUGGAGAGGAUGCCCCUGUGUCCGUGAUGGGCUGUGGGACAAGCAAAGUCCUUCCUGAGCCAACCAAAGAUGUCCAGCUGGAUCUGGUCAAGAAGGUGGAACCCUUCAGUAGUACUAAGAAUGAUGUGUGCAAGCACUUCAUCACAGAAGUGGAACAUGUUGGUCCUUUCAAAGCUGGAUUUCCAGCUGCCAGUCAAUAUGCACAUCCUUCCCCUAGUGCCCCCACUAGCGGCCACACAGAGCCUCCCUCAGAACCACCACGCAGGGCCAGGGUGGCUAAGUACAGAGCCAAGUUUGACCCACGUGUGACUGCUAAGUAUGACAUAAAGGCUCUGAUUGGCCGAGGCAGCUUUAGCAGAGUGGUACGUGUGGAGCACCGAGCAACCCAUCAGCCAUAUGCCAUCAAGAUGAUUGAGACAAAGUACCGAGAAGGACGGGAGGUAUGUGAGUCUGAGCUGCGUGUGCUGCGCCGGGUCCGCCACGCCAACAUCAUCCAGCUGGUGGAGGUGUUCGAGACACAGGAGCGGGUGUAUAUGGUGAUGGAGCUGGCCACCGGUGGUGAACUCUUCGACCGCAUCAUUGCCAAGGGUUCCUUCACUGAGCGGGAUGCCACAAGGGUUCUACAGAUGGUGCUGGAUGGUGUUCGGUAUCUGCAUGCCCUGGGCAUCACACACCGAGACCUCAAGCCUGAAAAUCUACUCUACUACCACCCAGGCACUGACUCCAAGAUUAUCAUCACUGACUUUGGCCUGGCCAGUGCCCGCAAGAAAGGUGACGAUUGCCUGAUGAAGACUACCUGUGGUACACCUGAGUACAUUGCGCCUGAGGUCCUAGUCCGCAAGCCUUACACCAACUCUGUUGAUAUGUGGGCACUGGGGGUCAUCGCCUACAUUCUGCUCAGUGGCACCAUGCCCUUUGAGGAUGACAACCGCACCCGGCUGUACCGGCAGAUACUCAGGGGCAAGUACAGUUACUUGGGGGAGGUAGACCUGGUUCUGAAGGAGUUUGGUGUCGUGGGCUUUUGA